UUUUUGUUUCUUUUUUAUGUAAGUAUUCUUCUUAUUAAUAUUGUGGAGAAUAAAAACUAAUUUCAACAACCAAAACAUUACCAGAUGAAUUCUUUUGAAGGUAUCGCUGGGAACGGACGAGUGCACUCAAACUCUCAGUAGCUUCGAUACGGAGACACACGUGGGAUAACAGGAGACCAAAUGGCCAAUGUAGUCGUGAACACAACCUCUCCCAUGUCCGGACGCCGUCUGAGCCGGGACGUAAACAGACUGUUGGCUGCUGGGUUUCAAACCAUCGUUAACGACGACUUGACUAAUUUGGAGGUGCGCCUCGAGGGACCAAUGGGCACUGCUUACGAGGGUGGCAUUUGGACGGUUAGCGUGACAAUGCCCCAAGAAUAUCCAUUGAAGGCGCCACGCAUUAGAUUCGUUACAAGGAUACUGCAUCCGAAUAUCGAUUUCAACACCGGUCUCGUUUGCAUGAACGUCUUCAAGCAGGCCUGGUCGGCCACCUAUGAUCUGGUAAAUGUAUUCGAAACAUUUUUGCCGCAGCUGCUGCGCCAUCCGAAUCCGCACGAUCCGCUCAAUCAUCGUGCGGCGUCCAUUAUGCGGCAGUCCGAGCAGGAGUUCCGUGAUAAAGUGUCAAUGUACCUGAGAAUGUACGCUUUACCUAUUGUCCCGUCAGAUCACGCUAAGGUCGACAAGAAUCUUGAGAAACGCUCCUCAGAUCUCAGCUUGUCCGAACUGCUGUCCGAUGAUGAUGACGAUUAACUGUUGGCUGGUCUUUUGUUUUUUAGUAGAGUGCAUUUUUCUUGAGCUACCAAAAGUUAUUUUUGUUUACUUUAGAUCACAAUUAAUAUUGAAAAUAUAGUUA